UUUACAGCAACGUGAAUACUGUGAAUUGUGUAGUCGCCCCUGACUAGCUCUUUUAGAUUCUCUGUGGCCCACAACUGUUUAACUUAACUGGGUUAAGUGAUUUGUGUUAUCGAUCCUUUGUACAUCAUGGCAGCCAUGUCACUAGCUGGAAUGGAUGACACUGACAGCGAGGACGAGCUGCCGCCGGGCUGGGAAGAAAGAUCUACAAAGGAUGGAUGGGUUUACUAUGCAAAUCACGAUGAGAUGAAGACUCAGUGGGAGCAUCCUAAAACUGGGAAGAAGAAGCGCUGUGCUGGAGAUUUACCAUAUGGAUGGGAACAAGAGACAGAUGAUAAGGGGCAGCUCUUCUAUGUGGACCACAUCAACAAGAGAACCACCUACUUUGACCCACGCCAGGCCUUCACUGUAGAGGAUGUGCAGGUGAGGCCGAAGAGGUUCGAUGGCAAUUCCUCUGCCUUGGAGGUCCUGCAGGGUCAUGACCUCUCCAGUAAAGUUGUUCUCAUCACGGGGGCCAACUCUGGAAUUGGUUUCGAGACGGCGAGGUCUUUCGCUCUGCACGGCGCACACGUCAUCAUGGCCUGCCGGAACCUGUCGCGAGCCACAAAAGCUGUCAAUCUGAUCCUCGAGGAGUGGCAUAAGGCGCGGGUGGAGGCCAUGCUGCUGGACCUGGCCUCGCUGAGGAGCGUCAGAGAGUUCGCCGAGGAGUUCAAGGCCAAGAAGCUACCCCUGCAUAUCGUGGUGUGUAACGCGGCGGUGUUCGGCCAGCCCUGGCGCCUGACGGAGGACGCCUUGGAGACCACCUUCCAGGUGUGCCACCUGGGCCACUUCUACCUGAUCCAGCUGCUGCAGGACACACUCAAGCACUCCGCCCCCGCUAGAGUGGUGGUGGUGUCGUCCGAGUCGCACAGGUUCACGGACCUGCUGGACUCGUGCGGUAAGGUGGACCUGUCCCUGCUGUCCCCGCCGCAGAAGGAGUACUGGUCCAUGCUGGCGUAUAACCGGGCCAAGCUGUGCAACAUGCUCUUCUCCGCGGAGCUCCACCGCCGCCUCUCGCCGCACGGCGUCACCUGCAACGCCUGUCACCCCGGCAACAUGAUGUACACCAGCAUCCACCGCUCCUGGUGGCUCAUGACCCUGCUGUUCACCCUCGCCCGGCCCUUCACCAAGUCCCUGCAACAGGGCGCGGCCUGCACCAUGUACUGCGCCGUGGCGCCCGAGCUGGAGGGCCUGGGGGGCAUGUACUUCAACAACUGCUUCCGCUGCCACCCGUCGGCCGAGGCCGAGAGCGACGCGUCCGCCCUGAGCCUGUGGGAGCUGAGCCAGCGGCUGGUGGAGGAGGGGGCCGGCGCCCCACGCAUCCUCUGACCGCCUCCGCCCACGCCUCCGCCCACGCCUCCGCCCACACACCUCCACCUCAGCAGCAGUCCCCCCUCCACCUCCACCUCCACCCAGCCUGGACCAGAGCAGCCGCCGCCGCAGCAGCAGCAGCAGCACCAGACUAGCCCAUAACACGAAUAACUACAAGGACCGACCGAGAGGACUCUGCCUUAAGGGGUUGGGGGG